ACAGUCAUAUGUGACAUGAAGAAAAAUACAAAUAUGUACUUUAAAAAGCCAUUUGAGCCGGAGCCCAGCGCCGCCGCCAUGUCUUCCGGGGCCAGCGUGAGCGCCCUGCAGCGCGUGGUGGAGCAGCUCAAGCUCGAGGCCGGCGUGGAGAGGAUCAAGGUCUCCCAGGCGGCCGCCGAACUCCAGCAGUACUGCAUGCAGAACGCGUGCAAGGACGCGCUGCUGGUGGGCGUGCCAGCCGGAAGCAACCCCUUCCGGGAGCCCCGCUCGUGUGCUUUGCUCUGAGCACCGCAGGGAAGAAGUUCGCCGAGCAAUGCCUUCGAGCACAAAGUGAAGAAUGACUGCCUCCAAGUCUCUAGAAGACGUUUCCUGCAGCCGAAUGACUUGUAGACGUUUCAGACCUUCCCUGUGGCCUGGGCCCAUCUCCAAAGUCCCACAGAAAGGAAUGAGUUUCUACUCAGAUAAAGGAGCCCAGUGACAAUGGCCUGAUUGGCAUGGUGAAGUGCUUUAUAGUAAGACAGACAAAACCCUUACCACCAAAUACACCAAGUCACACACCUUCCGCGAGUGAAUGAGUGGUGUUUCUAAACCUGGAAUGUGUUGUAUGUAUUGAAUAUUUACAUUUUAGGGAGAAAAACAUUUUUGUUUAUUAAAAAAUGAAUAUUUGUAAGAUUUUGAUACCAUAAUAAAAUUUUUUUCUCAUGAAUUUACAGCCACUAAGUAAAGAUAAGAAAGGAUAAAAUUCGGGGGCAGAGUAGGUUUUACUAAUCAAAUGAUGUCUUGAUUUUUCUAAAGGAGAAAAUUGUUUCACUUAUAACACUAAACGUGGGAGAUGUUUCAUAGAAAACUUGUUUGGCAAGGUUAACGAUAUCUUGGGUAUUAGGUUGCCCCAUUCUGUGUAUGAAGAAGAUUUGAUCUUUGUCUUGUUAAGUUCACUUACUUUGUAGUUGUAGCUGUACUUUUAAAGAAUGCCUUUAAAAAAUGUUUAAAAUGUGACCUACACACAGAGCGUUGCACAUGAUUAAAAACAAAGUAAUGUAAAAAUAUUAAUACCUAAAAUAAUUCUUCACGUCACAAAUGUUCUACUCUGAUGAUGUGCCUUUGAGUUAACAUGGGACACUUUUAGGAUGCUUUGUGCUUUAAUGUUUGAAGAGCUUGGGAAUAAAAAUUUCUGAUUAAUUAAAAAAAAAAAAAA